AUGGUUUUUGAGUCGCUAGUCGCCGACCUGCUCAACAGGUUUCUCGGUGACUUUGUCGACAAUUUGGACUCUUCCCAACUUAAUAUUGGCAUUUGGGGAGGAGAUGUAAAACUCGACAAUUUACAAGUGAAAGAAACGGCGCUCGAUGAUUUCGAUUUACCGAUCAAGCUCAAAUACGGCUAUCUCUCUUCUUUGGUACUCAAAAUUCCAUGGAAGAAUCUCUACAAUGAGCCUGUCAUCGCCACCGUUGAUGGCCUCAAUUUGAUCGUUGUUCCCAACAAAGGAGUAGUGUACAAUGAGGAGAAAGCGGCCAAAAAUAUUCAAGAAAUCAAGCAGAAGACGUUGGCACGACUUGAAGAAGCACGUAAAGAACGCAGAAAGCCAAAAGAUCCACAAGCGGACACUUUUACUGAAAAGAUGAUUACGCAGAUUAUCAAAAAUCUUCAGAUAUCUGUUUCGAACAUUCAUGUUCGUUUCGAAGACAGAUACACCAAUCGUCAUCGUCCAUUCGCAAUGGGAGUCACUCUCGAGAAACUCAAUUUCAAGACAACUGAUGAGAAUUGGAAAGAGACAAUUCACAAGGAGACAGUGAAAAUCAUCUACAAGCUCGUGUCACUUCAGAAUUUGGCAGUUUAUUGGAAUUCUUCUGCAGAAUUCAUUUCGGAUCUUGAUGAUAAGGAAGCGAUCCGGAAGAGAUUACAAGAGACCAUUCACAACGGAAAGAACCCACCGGAAGGCUUUAAGUAUAUUCUGGAGCCGAUUCAGAUGGAGGCUAAACUGAAGUUGAAUCAGAAACCAGAAACUGAUGGCUCUCAUUGGACUAUUCCGAAGAUCGAUCUCGCUGUGGAUAUGCAUGCUUUAGCGCUCGCCAUUGGAAAGUUCCAAUAUCAAGACAUUCUUCUCUUCCUCGAAGCACAAGAACGUUUUAACGCAGCUAGCCAAUAUCUGAAGUAUCGCCCGAAUCUCAACGAAUUCAAAGGACAUUACAAACAAUGGUGGCGAUUCGCCUACACUUCGAUCCUCGAAGAAAAAGUUAGACGCCGUAGACACAAUUGGUCUUGGGAUCGCAUGCAGAAACAUCGAAAUCUUGUUCGAAAGUACCAAAAGGCAUGGGUUCGCCGUCAAACAGAAGCUAGUCCUGGUGCAGAAGUGGAAGCAACUAUCAAAGAUGCUGAGAAGAAACUUGAUGUUUUCAAUGUUAACGUUGCACGCCAACAAGCUGAGUUGGAGAUCGAUCGGCAAGGAUUGACUCGCCAAGAAGACAAACCACAAGGAUGGGUUGCUUGGGGUAAAAGCUUCUUUGGAAGUGGAGGAGGUGGACCUGCUCCAGAUAAGAACAAGAAGGGAGGAAAAGACCUUGGAUCUCAAUUCCAAGAAGCAAUGACACCAGAAGAAAAGGCGAAGCUUUUCGAAGCUAUCGACUAUCAAGAGAAUAUUCCACCAACAAACUAUCCGAAAGAAUUCGUGGAAAAUCGAUUCGAAUUCAAACUUGGUCAGGUGGCUAUUGUUGUCGAUGGAGCUGUUUCAAUGCAACUUCUGAAAUUAAAAGCAAGCGUGGAACAGCGUCCGAGUGCUGGAGCUAUGCACGUUGAAUCUUCGAUUCAAGAACUUCGAAUGGACGGUUGUGGAUCAGAAGUUAUUCGUGUCCGUGAUCCAUCUGUUCCAUGGAUGUAUUUCCUUCUCGAUACCAAUCCACUUAAAGGAGACUACGACCAACUUGUCAAGCUUGCAAUUGCUCCUAUCAACGUCAAAUAUCAGGCACCUGCUAUCAAUAAUGCGAUUGAUGUUUUCAAGCCGCCAGAGUCAGUUCGUCUUAACCAACUCACUGCUCUUGCGAUGUCUCGUUACGAAGAAGUCAAAACAAGAUCAGUCACCGGACUUGCCCACGCAGUUGAACAUCGCUCUCGUCUUGUACUCGAUGUUCAAAUUCAACCGGCUCGAGUUUAUGUGAGUGAAGGCGGUAUCUACGAUGCUGAUAAGCCAACUCUGCUCGCCGAUAUGGGACUUUUGUCUGUUGUCACUGUCGAUACUGCAACUGUGAACACUUCUGGAAUGGACAAGUUAUCUGCUCUGAUGGAGAAAGCUUAUGACAGAUUCCAUGUCAAGCUGAGCAAUGUUGUAAUUGCAUUCGCUGAAAAUGUGGAGACUGCCGAGGGUUGUGUCUUUGAAAAAGAGUCACCACUACAUGUUCUCAAGCCAACAGGAUUGGAUAUUCAAAUCCAUAAAAGUUCCAUAGAUGAUCUUCGUCUAGCCAAAAUGAGAAUUCUCGGAGAUUUACCAGAUAUUGUUAUCGGAAUUUCAGAUGUUCGUCUUAUCGGCUUGAUGAAACUUGCUCUUUCCAUUCCAACACCGAAAGCUGACGAGAAAACCAAAGCGGAGAAGGAAUUGGAAGUGGUUCCCGAAGCAAAGAUCAAAGAUCGUGCUAAGAUGCGUACUAUAAUGGAAGCUGAAGAGAUGGAAGAAGAUGUGACUCAAAAAGACGAUGGUGAAGAUGAGGAUGAGAAACAAAAGAAAAAGAAAACAAGUGAGCAACAAGUUCAAAUUGAACUCGAUCUUCGUUUGAACCAAAUUGGAGUUAUCGUCUACCGGAAGGACGCUGUUUUCUGUGACGUUUCCAUCUUGAAAAUGGCUUGCAAACUCCAAAUGCGAACAUUCGAUAUGGUUGUUACUGCCGAGCUCGGAUCAAUUAAAGUGUCUAUGCCUGAGUUCAGUUCUUUGGAUUCGAAACGAGAACAUCUCUAUCUUAUUGACAACGAUGAUCACCAAGGAUCACUGAUGACAUUGAAGUUUGUCCAGGCUAAUCCGGAGUCUCCAUUCUUUGCUACAGAGUAUGCACUCACUGAACAAGCUGUUGAUUUCACAUUCACCAAAUUAGUUGUUUCUCUUCAUCAGCAAGGAGUUCUUGAGCUUAAAGCAUUCGGAGAAGCUCUCCAGUCUCAACUCGCCGAGCUUCAGAAAAAUACCCCAGAAGAAGACAAAGUCGAAGAAACAGCUCGCAAGAUCAGCAGAAAGCUCAGUGACAGUGUCAUGUCGAUUGCUUCAUUGAGCGCUUCGUCCUCAACGAGAGAAAAACGACAAAGAAAGAAAACUGUAGGCUCCUCUGCAGCAGCUGAACUUGAUACAUCACGAAACAUCAAGCAACGUAUCAAGGCAUCUUUCGGAAGUUUAGCACUCAAUAUUGGAACCCAGAAGUCAUUGGAGACUAGCUUGGCGAUUGAACAUAUUCAUGCUAAUGUGAAGAUCACCGAGAAGGCAAUGGAAGUGGUUGCAACUCUCCGUUCGAUAUCGAUGAAAGAUCGAACCACCGGAGCUGUAUACAAGAAGUUGCUCUCGGUGACUGGUAAAGAAGACAUGCUUCGUUUCGACUUCGUGCAGUAUCAACGAACUGAUGAACAACGUGCUCUAAUGAAAUCUUCGGAGGUCGAUAUGGUAGUCAAAAUGCGUCUUGCGCAGAUGAGAUUCGUCUUCCUUAAUCUGUGGUUGGCCCGUCUGAUGGCGUGGAUCGCACCAUUCCAGAAUGAAGCUGUCCGUGCUGCUCAAGCUGCUCAAGCAGCGGCCGCAGAAAGAGCUGCAACUGCUGCUCAGAAUGUCAAACAGAUCAUGGAGCAAUCUCCUCCACGUAUUCAACUCGAUGUCAUUUUGGAGGCCCCAUUCAUUGUUGUUCCAAGACUUUCAACUUCUCGUGACGUCAUUGUUCUCCAUCUCGGUCGACUGGCACUCAAGAAUGAGAUUCGUGGAGACUCCCAAUAUCCAAAAGCAAUCAUUGAUAGAAUGGACAUCCAAAUGACAGAUUGCUCGUUUGGAAUGGGAGUGAUGAACGAAGAUGUUUCAGCAGUUUCGUCUUCAUGCAUGAUCUUGAAGCCGAUUUCAUUCAAAUUGGCUCUCCAGCGAAAUUUGACAUUUGCUGCUGUGAAACAACUACCAGAAAUUGUCGUGGAUGCUCAUCUUCAUUCGAUUGAAGCAGAAAUGUCAGAUGCUGAUUACAAAACAUUGAUGCAAACGCUCUCCGGUAAUCUGGCAGAAGGAGCAGAUCUAGCAGUUCCUCCACCACCACCGCCACCAUCUCUCGAAUCUUCAAACACAACUGUUGCACCAACGACACCAGGAAAGGAAAAAGAGAAGAAAGAUCGGGAAGCGAACGCUGGUCCACCUGUCGUUGAGAAAUCACACACUCGAAUUGUGUUCCAAUUCGUGUUGGACAAGAUUUCCGCAGUCCUCUACGAGGGAGAAUCCGUUAAUGGUGCUAGAAACGAGUCUGAUGCAUUCGCAGCUCUUCGUCUUAACAAUGUGAAGACGUCAGGGAAAAUAGGAGAAGAUAACUCUAUUAUUUUCGCCAUGUCACUUGAUGCAUUCACAAUGGAUGAUGAGAGAAAAGAGAAGACGAAAAUCUCGAAGUUGAUGGACAAGAAGGGAGCAAAGGGAGAUCGUUUCCUGGAUAUGAGCUUCAAUCAAGAUGCCGAAGGAAACAAACAAAUUCGACUGAAAAUGUCCGCUUUCUUUAUCUGUCUCUGCCCUGAAUUCUUAGGAUGUCUCACUCGAUUCUUCAAUGUUCCGCAAUCAGAAGAACAGUUGGAAAAAGAAGCUAUAACAUCUAAUGUACCAACGAAGGCUACAUCGAGUGCUUCUGCAACUUCAACAGGAGGUGUGAAAACUCCAGCAGGACCACCACAGCCAGUUGGAACUAUUGCUAUCGACUGUGACAUGCACGGAGUUGAAGUUAUUCUUGUCGAAGAUUCGAUGCACCCGGAGUCGACUCAAGCUUUGAUCCUUUCCUUCAAUGUUACGGCUGCAUCCCAUCCAAACGAACAAACAAAAGACACCAAGAUGAAUGUCGCUGUCGAGAACUUGACGAUUUUCUCAAGUUUCUAUGAGACGAAGCGUCGUAACGAAGUUACCUAUCAAGUAUUGACUCCAGUCAAAAUUGAGGCACUUGUCAACAUGAAUACAGAACGAAAAACUACUGAUGCAGUACUCAAGAUGUCUGCGAUGGAUGUUAAGAUGUCUCCAUCAAUUAUUCGUCUUCUAUCUGCAGUGUCGGCUGAAUUCGCCAAGAGUAGUGCGACAGGAGAGACUGGAUCGGUUAGCCAGAAGAUUGCAAAACUACGCAAAUGGCCAAACUACUUCGAUGCAAAGGCAAUCGACCACAGAAAAUAUUGGUUCUUUGCUGCACCAGUCGCUCAAGAAGCUGUUGAAGUCGAGGAAGAUGCUACACAAGAAGAGAAGAGCCGAACCGAUUCGAUGAUUGGAAAGGAGAACGCUACAGUAGAAAUUGAGAGAAUAUCAUUCACAUUGGAAGCUGGAACUGGAGCUAUACCUGUUCCUCUUAUCUUCCUCGAUAUGCUUAUCAAUGCGGAAGCUCAUGAUUGGUCAUCAGCGAUGCGUGUUUCUUCUGGAAUUUCCCUUCAAAUGUCAUAUUAUAACGAGUCAGUCAGUGUGUGGGAACCGAUUAUCGAGCCGGUUGAGAACGAGAAAGGAGAAUACGAGCGCUGGAGAUUGGCGAUGAAUAUGAAAUCUCGCAACAAGCAAGAUUCAAAUGACACUUCUCCUCAAACUGAAGUGAAAAUCGAAGCCGACAAAAUGCUGAAUGUCACUGUUACAAAAUCACUUCUCUCGUUGCUCAAUAAGCUCUCCGAAGCUUUCGCUACUGCUGCCAAACAAAUCACACCAACCCAAACACGUCAACUCCCUGGAAUUUCUCCUUUCGUUGUUCUGAAUGAGACUGGAAUUGCUGUGAAAGUUCUCGACACCGAAACAAUCAGAGUUAGUGAAAGUGGCGAGCCUGUUGAUGCUACUCAUGGAGAUUUCAUCGACGUUUUCCUGAAGAACAAGAAGAGCAAAAUUGAAGAUCGUCGAUUGAGUAUCGAACAAGAAGAGGUCACUGGUGAUUUGAAAUUCGAGUUGACUGGAACCGUUCGUGAAACGAAAAUCGGAAGAGCUGAGAAACGAAUAAUUCAUUUGCCGAAAGUCAGUGAAGGAGGUCACAAAUGGCUCAUCGUUGCCGAAACUACAAUUGAGAACAAUCGUCGUCUUGUCACUCUCAACUCUCACGUUAAGUUCACAAAUCAUCUCUCGUAUGCUGUCGAGUUGUAUUCAAAGCGAGAUACGACUUUGGAUUUGUUCGGAACUGUUGAGCAUGGAGAAACUAUUCCACUGGCUGUUCCAUUACUUUUCUCCCCAUCUGGAGAUAUUUACUUAAAACCAGUUGAUGACAAGUACGAAGUAUCAUUUGAAUCACUCUGCUGGCACAAUUUCGAGCACAAUAAACGGCAGGCAGUUCGUUGUGAAGCUGACUCAACUGAUGGCUCCUUCUCCGGAAUUUACAUAGAUUCUGUUGUUCACGAAGAGAAAAUACCAGAUGGUGUAGACGACCAGACCACGAGCAUUUUCCAUGUUCAUCUUUACCCACCACUCGAGUUCCAUAACAAUCUUCCAUUCGAUAUCAACCUUGAACUUCCUGAACAGAAGGUCUUGACUGCUGGAACAUCUACACUUCUUAAUGUUGUUGCUGGAAGUCCAGUCAAAGCAUGGCUCACUUAUCUCGGAGAGAAAUACGUUUUGGAGAUGCCCGUUCCAGAUCUUAAGAAAGAUUUGGAAGUCGUUGCACUCAACACAGAAACUGGAUCUGACGAAUUGCUUCUCGGCCUCCACUGGACGAGCGAGUAUGGUGAUCAAAAAGUGUACUUGUAUGCUCCGUUCUGGCUUGUCAACAAUACAGAUAAGAUGCUAAGACAUGUGAACGAUGAUGCCGUUCCACAUGGUCCAAACGAGAAUCCCAUCAUUUUGCCAUUCCCUGCUGUUGAUCUUUCCAAAAAGAAGAAGGCUCGUGUCAAGAUCGAGAAUGAGAGUGAAUGGUCUGAAGAGUUCCCAUUGGAUACUGUAGGAAAUGCAGCUCGUAUUACUUGUAAAUCGGCACAGAAUGACUUCGAUCUGACUGUGGACAUCAAACUUUGUCAAUCCGGACUCACAAAGAUUGUUACAUUCGCUCCGUUCUAUUUGGUCUCUAAUCUCAGUAAAAACCCAAUGGAAAUUCGUGAAGAGGGACAGAAGAAGUGGAUUGACAUACCUGCUGAGACGUGCGUUGGUGUUUGGCCUGAGGAACGUAAGAAACGAAAGCUGAUGUGUGUCCGAUACAAAGAAGAGCCAGAAGCAGAAUCACUUCUGUUCCCAAUCACUGAAAAUUAUGAAACUUUGUGUCAUAUGGAUGGUGAUUCGAUCGGAGUUGAAGUUUCUGUUUCCACUGGCGAAUCCUCUGUGGCAAUCCAUCUCUCUCCAUUCACUCCUGGAAUGUGCCCAGUUCAAGUUAUGAACAAUCUAACAGUUCCUGUUACUUUCGGACAAAAGGGACACAAGAAGACAUCGGUUGGGCCUAACGAACUUGCACACUUCUCAUGGGCAAGCAUCGUUGAUGCAAAGGUUCUUGAGGUUGAUGUAGGUGAUUGGCAUUUCGAAGACAAGUUGGAUCAAAAUAGAUUCGGAGACUUGCAAGUUGACAAGAAUGUCAGACGAUUCUCGUAUUACUCGAAUUUCUUGAUUGGAAGACAACGUGUGCUUCUCUUCACACCAGAUGUCGAUAUUGCUAAAGCAGCAUAUGGAAGUUGGGAAACGGAUAUUGUUGAUAUGCAAGCGGAAAUCUCAUUGCAAGGAUUCGGUCUCUCUGUUGUUGAUAACAUUGUUGGUCGUGAAAUUAUCUACAUGGCUAUUUCCUCAUCGGAUAUUCUCUGGGAAGAAGAAAUUAAGAAGGGAAGAUUCAAACCUCUUGCUGUCAAAUACAUGCAAGCUCUCGAGGAGAAGUAUCAAGCUCAUCUUGUAACACCGAAUGACGAGUAUGAAUCUGUCGAAGGAUUCGAAGUCAAUGUUAAUCGUCUAAUUCUGAAAAAGAAGAAGGGCAAGGAAGUGAAAAUUCGUAGGAUCUUCGAGCAAGGACUGUGGGCUAGUUACGGAAAAAGUGCUCAAAGAACAAGAUUGCAUGCGAAGAUUAAUCAUAUUCAAGUUGACAAUCAGCUGGAUGCCUGUAUCUUCUCACGAGUUCUAUCCGUUGUUCCACCUCCAAAGAGCGUUAUCGUUGACAACACUCCAAAGCCGUUCAUUGAACUUUCUCUUCUUCAACGUCAACCAGAGUUCUCUUCCAUCGCUGAAAUCGAGUAUGCUCAUGUUCUGGUUCAAGAAUUUGCUGUUCAAGUUGAUCAAGGACUCAUUAAUGCUUUGCUCCUGCUUAUUUCAGGAGAAGUUGCUAGAAAACCAUAUGGAAAAGAAAUGUUUGAUGAAGACCUCAAGAUCUGCCACGUCACACUCUCUGAAACUGCCAGCACAUAUCGUUCUCAGCGCCCGAAGAGCUUCUACAAUGAUCUUCAUAUUUCUCCUAUCAUGAUGCAUUUAUCAUUCUCACAGGGAGGAACUUCAGGAGACGCUGCCGCAUCUGGAGCUUCGAUGCCCAUCCAAUCCGAAAUGAUCAAUGUUCUUCUUCGCUCUGUCGGAGUCACCCUAACCGAAUUGCAAGAUGUUGUUUUCAAACUUGCAUAUUUUGAGAGAAAGUGCGUAUUCUACAGUCCAGAACAAUUGAACGGGGAAAUCAUCUCCCACUAUGCUAAGCAAUUCAUCAAACAGGUUUAUGUGCUCGUUUUGGGACUCGACAUUAUUGGAAAUCCUUUCGGAUUAGUGAGAGAUUUAUCUGCAGGAGUCGAAGAUCUUUUCUAUCAACCAUUCCAAGGAGCUAUUCAAGGACCAGAAGAGUUUGCUGCUGGUGUAGCUCUCGGAGUCCAAUCAAUGUUCGGUCACGCCGUUGGUGGAGCUGCAGGAGCUGUCGGACGUAUCACAGGAACUGUUGGUAAAGGAGUUGCUGCACUCACAUUCGACGAUGAUUACAUGAAGAAACGUCAAGAAGAUCUUAAUCGUAAACCACAAUCAUUCGGAGAAGGAAUGGCACGUGGAUUGAAGGGACUCGGAAUGGGAGUUGUCGGAGGAAUAACUGGAGUAGUCACAAAGCCGAUAGAAGGAGCGAAGCAAGAAGGAGGGUUCGGUUUUGUGAAAGGAGUUGGAAAAGGUCUUAUCGGAGUUGUCACUCGUCCAGUUUCCGGAGUCGUUGACUUCGCCAGUGGAACCAUGAACUCGGUUCGUGCUGUCGCAGGAACAAACAGAGAAGCCGGACCACUUCGACCACCACGUGUUCUUCGUGCUGACAAGAUUGUCAGACCAUACUCCAGCGCUGAUGCUUACGGAUUCAUGGUGUUCAAGGACACAGAUCGUGGAGAGCUUGCUGAAACCGAUGAAUUCAUCACAUAUGCAUCAAUUAGUGACAAGAUCGUCCUUAUUGUUACCGAUCGUCGGCUUGUCUUGAGCAAACGUACGGAUAUGAUGGGAGUGUGGCAGACUGAUUGGGGAACCGAGUACUGUAAGAUAAAGGAGCCAGAGUUCAUUCCAAAUGGUGUCAAAAUAUUGCUAAAGGAAAAGAAAAAGGGAUUCUUGGGAAUCGGUUCGUCUGAAGGAAAGAUCAUAACAUUCCAAAAUGCCGAGAAAAUUCAUCCGAAACUCGCUGCAGCAUACAAGAAAGCCACUCUCGCUUAA